GAAGAGGACAAUUAUCCAGCUAUAUAAAGGGACUUGCAACGUACAUCAUCAGUAUCACGUAUCCGCUACUCUGGAGAUUAAUCGAUAUACCGAGAGUAAUCUUCGUCCGAUCCUAGGAGUCUGUUCAGAAGAGAAAUAUUCAUCAUGAAGAUCACGAUUUUCCUGUUCGCCGCCAUGCUCGCUACAGCACUAUCCGCUCCGCAAGGAAAUCCGAACGCCGAAGUGACGAUCACGAGACAGGAAGAACAGAACAACAUCGGAGUAGGCGGUUACAAAUACAGUUACGAGCAGAGCGAUGGACAAAAAAAAGAAGAAACAGCCGAAGUGGUGGAUGAAGGAACUGAAGAACAAAGUUUGUCCGUGAAGGGCAGCUACAGCUUUGUCAUCGACGGUAAAACCUACUUGGUCACGUACACAGCUGGAAAGGACGGAUACCAAGCCACCGCCGAACACAUUCCCAAGUAGAUCAACAACAUCCGCCUUGCCAAAAUCUUCCCAAAUUUCGACCAUGCUCUUCUGAAAGGAACGUUACAACGGACAAUUGCAAUGCCAUUUUUGUGGUGAUUCUCUCGGACGGCCUGACAGAUCGGAUGUCUUCAGCGAUGACAUUUCUUCGAUGAUCAUCGUUUUAUUGUAGCUAUCAGUUUGGUCGCCUCGACUCGAGUGGAAGAAGAAAAAACAAAUCGCACUUAUGUAUACUAUGUAUUUCCAUACGCCCUGGUCGAGGUUGUCAUAGUUUUAUAUGACUUCUGAUAAACCGGCUGUUGAAUCAAUUGAGAUAAUCAAACUAAAGAAAACUGCGUCCGAAAAGAAUUUACCUUGAUUUUUUCUAACGUUAUCCUGCAAUGUUUCGAAACAGCGCAAAGCUGAUUUGCAAAAUUCCUUAUUCAAACUAAUUAUGCUUAUAUACCGAGGUACAACGUGGGUUGUUUGUUUAACAAUAUAAGUUGAUAAGAAUGUCGCGUACAAAUAAUAAAAUUUUUACACAUAA